AUGGGUUGUUGCUGUUGUUGUUGUCGUCGUUCUGAUGUUCUUCCGAGUGUUAAAACACGUGAAGAAAUUUCACCAUUUCAUCCAGAUAUAAAACGUGUUGAUGUGGAAAAGAUAGAAGAACGAAAACAAAGUGUUUCACUUGUUGGAAAAUCCCGAUUCGCUUUAGAAAGAUUUAACAAAUGUGGUUUUAGUCAAACAAAUCCAUAUUUAUUAAUCCAAGGGUUCGAAAAUGAGCCAAUCGUCACAUUGGAAGAAUCUCUGCAACCGUUUCUUGAUGAAAAUCCUCAAUUAAUUGAUCAUAUUAAUGAAGCCAAGUUGAAUUGUAACAAAUCAAAUGAAUUCGGUUUGACUGAGGAUGAAUCAGCAGCGAUUUAUAUUUAUUCAAUGAGAGAUUCAAGCGGUGUUUAUGAUUUAUUAGAAAAUGCAUGGAAUUCCAAUAAUAAAUCCAUCAUGAAACAUUGGUUUAAAUAUUUGAAAUUAUUAAAAAAUGGUUUAGAUAAAUUACCUGAUGUGAAUGAAGAAAUUUGGCAAGGAAUUCUUUUAGAUGAAGGUCAAUUGAAACACCUUGAAAACGAUUCAACAGAACUCUUUUCUUGUAUGGCAACAUGUGUUUUAUCGAAAGAAGAAAUUCUCAAAUAUUUACAAGAAAACUCCAAUGAGAAAUUUACUUUCGUUGGUUAUGUUGGAACUGGUGGAAAAGAUAUUUCAGCUUUUACAAAGAAUUCCAAAGUGAUGUUUGUUUGGCCAGGAAGUAAAUUAUGUAAAGCGAAAGAUUCAGAAAGAGAUAAUGAUGGAAAUAUUGUUUUUCAUUUAACGAAACGUCAAAACCGUGAAGAGGAGGAUGAACAAAGUCAAGAAGACGGAUCGAAUGUAAUUGAAAAUGAAAAUCUCUCGGAGAUUUCGGCUGAUGUUCCGAUAAAUCCGAGAGAAAAUGAAAAACAUUUCGUAUGUCCCAAGAAAUCUUGUCGAAAUUCGUGUUCACGUAUUCAUUCAUCAACACAUUGUCGCGGAUUUUCAUUUGUUAAUCAUAAUUGUUCGCAUCAUUGUGGACCCGGACAUCGUUGUUUCUUUUGCAAAGUCCAUGUGACAAAAUUAUAUCAAUGUAAUCAAUGCAACUGGCGUCUCUGUAAAAACUGUUGUUUCAAACAAAAUUAA